AGGAUAAAACACUUUGAAAUUUUGAUCGUUGAGUGUGAACAAACAGUGAGCGGAUUAAGUGUUGGUGUGAUUUCGUGAGAAAAAAAGAACUUUGGAUGGUCACAAAAAAACCGUUGAAAAUUAACGGUGAAAUAAAAAAUUAAAAAUUGUUAGCAAGCAAAUUUGAAGAAAAAAAAAACAUUAAAAUCAACAACAAAAAAAGUCAUGGAAGAGCCACGAGUAAUUUUCAUCGAAAUCCCAACGAUGAAUAAAUCUAGAAGUGUAUCGCCUAUAUCACCAUCGAUGUAUCGUGAGAAAAAUACGGGAUUUUUCGACAUGCUUAGCCGUCGUUUUGGCCGUCGAUCACAUGACGAAUUAUAUUUUUCCCAUAACGGUGAAGAGGAUACACGAAGCUCAUCCACCGAAUCAUCUUCAUCGACAUCAGCCCAUCCGUUGGCUACACGCAAUGAUGGUUCAAACAAACCACGCGAUCAAAUCACCGCAUCAAACAAGCAACGGCACUACAUUCAAAAUUGUGCGUGUGAAUUCGGUCAAAAUUGCGAGUCACACAGUUCAAGUGAUUCAAGCAGUGAUUCCGUUGAACAAACACCAAAUGGAUUGCAUGCACAUCGUCGAUCAACGUCAUCGAUUCGUCAAGCAAUCGAGAAUCUCUCAAUUUCCACGCGCUCAUUGUCAUGCAGCAGCACUGGAAAGGACCAAAAAGUCAAGAAGAACAAAAAACCAUCGCCACAACCCAAGUGCAUACUGCGUCAGCCGAUAUCUUAUACAUACUUGAAGGGAAUGUCUGGCCUGCCAACACAACGAGUGCCAAAAUCAUCCGUAUGCUGCCAUUAUCCAACACAUCGAUAAACAUGGUUGGAGCGAUUGAUAUAUUCAAAAUGAUUCUUCAUUUUAAAACCAAUAAUUAAUAAUCGAACUUUAUCACGCGAAUCGAUCGCAACUUCCAAUUGAGCAUUUUCGGGACUUGCUGCGCCACUAUCGAUAUCUUCAACAAUCCUUUCUCCACAAGUAAUAAACGAACAGACUAGGUAUUACCGUCACUUGUAUCAUUUCGAAUUUCAACAGACAAAAAAAGACAUUGCCAUUCGAGCUCCUCUUAAGUCAAUGUUCAUAUGAGUGCUGCUGCUAGAAACACCAUCAUUAGCCAGAAUCGUGUACGGAUAAGAUAUGUUCAUAUGAACGUAAACACUUUUAGUGAUGCAGCCUCGUUUACACUUUAUUGCAUAUACACAUAUAGAUUAUAUAGAAUUUAUUGCGUUUGUGCAUUCGCUCAUGCAGCUCGAAAAUGCUGCAACGGAAUGCACGAUGAUAAUGAUGAUGCAAUGCGAUUUUCAUCAUC